AUGAGAAGACGCUGGCACAAUGCCCGCUGGUUGGUACACGCCAAGUGGCAUAAGGCGAAAAAACAUCCAAAAGUGAAAAAGCGUGAUAGCUCUGGCAUCCAUUUCCUCAGCAGCUACUUCGGACUGGAUGUGUUGGCACCUCUUGGACAUGCCUGCUUCGUGAUGCGCUUCCUCUGUGCUUUCCCUUAG